AUGUGGGGCAAGAGGGAGGUUAAUGAUGGCAAGGAGGACCGACGAGUUGUUGUCAAGCGUGUUUAUCGGGCCUCGGACGACGACGACAGACUCUCGACAUCGAGCAAUGUCACUGCGGUUCAAAACCGGGCGCUGCUUGAAGCCGACUGUGUUCGUAUUUCCCUUGGACGCAAAUUACUUGCCGACUUCUUCUCGUACGCCAAGGAAAUGGAUGUUGCCAUCUUUACUGCCAUUGAAUUUACUCCUGCCUAUCUCGCUACCGAGAAGUCUAUCCAAGUCACCCGUGCCCCAAGUGUGGCAUCAGACCUGGAAAGCUUCGACAGUAGCGGCGACGGCAUCACUUGGCUGGUAGAGGACAAACGCGCCGCUGCUGUCAUCCAGUUCACCUCCACUCUCAAUCACAAGGCACGCGGCACUGACCUCCAGACGCUCACGAUCCAUAGCUUUGCGCAUUACGUCUUUGGAGCUACCAAUGGGACGCUCGUUAUGGCGGACAUUCAAGGAACUCCGGCCACGGUCCGAGGCAACGAUGGACUUAUCCUCUUCGACAUCAUGACUCACACUCCCGACGGUGGGUCUGGCCUUGGCGACUUUGGGAUGGACGGUAUUGAGUCCUUCGUCAACUCUCAUCAGUGCAACCAGCUCUGCAAGCGUCUUGAGUUCGACGAGGUCUUUCCGCUUGAGCUGGCAGCGGAUGUUCUCGGACCGGAUGUGACAGACGGAUCAGAGGGAGGGAUUACCGGAGAUGACAACUCGGCCUUUUCGGGCGAUGAUCAAGCGUAG